AUGGAUGUCGCUCCUGGUGCCCCUUUUUUGGUUAUUCGGACGUCCCAAGACUAUCGCUACGACAAUUUUUUGUCAAUGCUCCAGGUCCAAUGCGGCGAUCUCUGGGCAAGCGGCUUCCCGAUUGACUUCAUUUACCUGCCAUGUCCUCGCGUGGGAAUCAUCAAUUUUGUUAACCACGAGCUAUGUUGGAUGUGCUUUGAUGUGAUCACUCGGCGCAUGCAGAUGGGGACCAUUCGCAUUAUCAAAGUUCAGCAGGCGAUGUACCAGGGACUCCAGACCAACCUUGCGGUUUAUUAUGCCAAGGCUGGUCGUCGGGGACUUGAGCGCAAAAACGCACCGAAGGUCUUCCUGGAAGGUCAGGAGCUGCCCUUGCGGCAAGCUUUGAAGAGCUUUGUGGCACCAGAGCUAAUUCAGCACUACCGAGCAUCUUUUCGAUCGAGCACAGAAGCGUCCGCCGCUCCGGGAAGUGAAAACCAGGAUGGCCGUGGUUGGGCUGGCAGGACUGCUACCAGGCUGCUACCAUAUGCUCUACCAUAUGCGCAGAAAUGA